UGAGAUUUUUUGGCGCGUUUAUCUUCUUUUUGCGAUAAUUUUUCAUUUUUCUACAACUUUAAUUCGUGAAAAUCGACUAAUAACGUCAAUUCGUGCUCUUAAAGUCAACGUUUCAUUAGCUUACUAUAUUCUCGAAUCAUCUAAAUAUCAAAUAGAACCAUGGCUGGAGGUAAAGCUGGCAAAGAUACCGGAAAAUCUAAAGCAAAAGCUGUAUCGCGAUCUGCCCGAGCCGGAUUACAGUUCCCUGUUGGUAGAAUACACAGACAUUUGAAGAACCGUACAACGAGCCAUGGUCGUGUAGGAGCUACCUCAGCUGUAUACAGCGCUGCAAUUUUGGAAUACCUGACUGCCGAAGUGUUGGAAUUAGCAGGAAACGCGUCCAAAGAUCUGAAAGUAAAACGUAUCACCCCCAGACAUUUACAACUGGCUAUCAGAGGAGACGAAGAAUUGGACAGUUUGAUCAAAGCCACCAUUGCCGGAGGAGGAGUCAUUCCCCAUAUUCAUAAAUCGCUCAUAGGAAAGAAAGGUAAUCAGAAACUGGCAUAAGUGUUUUCCAAAAAUGGUGUAUUAUUUACGUAAGUGUAUUUUUCUUAUAUUUCUUAAAAUAGUGUUUCACGUUUAAUUAAGCUAGUGUGUUUUUAGUACGUAAGAUUUUAUUUGUCAAAUUUUAAGUUGUGUGUGAAUUAUUUAGGCGGCGAUGUUUUUUCUAUUAAUAUAAUAAGAGUAUUAAUUAUCUCUUCGUAAAUUUAACGACUUUAUGUAAGUUGGAACAAUGACUAAGAUGUGUUUUUUUCUCUAUUAAUUAUCUGGUACGAAAAUUUUUCUCCAAUUGUUGAUGAUUGAAUUAUAAAAUAUAUAAUUUUGUACUGAUGAAA